AGAACCAAGAGUCAUUUAUCCUCCCUUCCUCUCGAGAUCAUCGAAAUGAUCUGCGACGAACUCCCUACUCCCGAUCUGGCCGCCCUCGUCGGAACCUGCUGCCAUACAUACCAUCGCACAAUUCACCGUUUCGCGCAGCGAUAUGCAGAAGUAUAUUUCGACUUCUCUGAACACGGACUCAAUCAUCUACAUGCGAUUGCCCAGAAUCCCGUUAUGUGCCAGUACGUCCAGCGACUGGUCGUGAUGGCACCCGAGCCCCAUCUCGGCCGCAGUAUACAAUGGCAAUGGAGCGUGGCAGGACAUCUACGGAGUCCACUUGAUAUGCCAAUUAUUCGACGAUUCCGUGAUGAUUUGGUACACCGUCUGCCACACUGUCGGUCGUUCAUCAUCUCCCCUAUCGCAUGCUGUGAUCAGUCGCGAGAAGAGACAAGCAACGAUCAGCAGCUGAAACCGGACGAUGUCGCCACAAUUCUGUACGAUGUCAUGGCUGACGCGUGUCUACCGGUAAAGCUACUAUGGUACGGCAAAGGAGUAAACUAUACCGCAGAGACGAUGAGCGCCAAUCGAUUACCUAAAUGUCUUUUUGGCAAGCCUGGGUUUCGCGCGGCUUGGGGCCAGCUGGAGAAUCUCCACCUAGAGCAUGAUCUCACGCCAUACAAUUAUUCCUUUAUUCUAGACUCCAUUUGCCAUGCGUCCAGCCUCCGAAAGCUCUACCUCAGUCUAGGUCCUAGGGAUCUGGCUAUGGAAUUCUUUGCUCAGCUUAGUAGAUCAGAGACUCUACCAAGUACACUUGAACGAAUCACACUUGCCUUCACGGCCAUUCAGGCAGACGGCUUAAUACGCAUUCUAUACAAAUCGCGAUUGAGUCUACGCCGGAUUGGUUUGACUGGCGUCACGGGGCUCUCCCCGGGCUGGCUGGCAGUGCUGGGCAGUAUGCAAAGCCAGUUUCCGCAACUGGAAACUAUCGAGUUGGACAUGCUUUAUGGGUGUGGCGGCGUCACACUGUCAACUCUGUCAACAACUGUGCAGUGCAACUCAGGAAAGACAUUUGAGUUACAGACCGGCGGUCGUACAUGUUCACAAACGAUGGGCAUUGGCUUGGAGGACUUAGGAGCACUACCGAGCAAUGAGGCCGGGAGUACGGCCUUGGAUAUGUUGCUAAAGGCGCAGUCACCGGGGGUUGCGGUAUGAUGGCGGUACAAUGAUCUGAUGAAACUGAUAUAUGCUAUGUAAUUAUUAUGGUUGGAGAUUAAUGCCUCUAAGCUAUUGUGCUGUAACCCUAGUUUG